ACUCCCUCUAGGUCACUUAUGGAGAGCGGUGGUGGUGCCGAAGUGAGUAAACAGAAAAAACCAAUGGUGCUUGAUGAGAUUGAUGGUGGUUUGUCAGAGAAGGAUGAGGCAGGGGAGAUUAGUAUAAUAGUGCUCGAUGGUAGUGAUGGGGGUGACGAAGACGAUGGUAAUGGUGGAGUAAAUUUUGCUAAUACAUCUGUUAGGUCUAUAAUGAUGAGACCACCACCUCUAUUCUUGACGAACACCUACCGAAUGGUGGGCGAUCUAGAAACAAAUUCCAAUGUUUCAUGGAAUUCCAAUGGUACCAGUUUCAUUGUGUGGGACUCUUUUAAGUUCUCUACUGAUCUUCUCCCCAAAUACUUCAAGCACAACAAUUUCUCAAGCUUCGUUCGGCAGCUCUCCACCUAUGUGAGCCCCUGUAAAUAUGAAAUUUGUUCAGCUACAUUAGUUGGUAGAAUCAGCUAA